UGCGUGAAAACUUUUGUGAUCGGUCGAGAGUGUUAUUUCGUGUGAUUAGUUUUCCAAUUUUGUGGCGUUUUUAUUUAUUUUACCAUCCACUAGUUUAAUCUUGGUGCCCCAGAAAUGUUUUAGCAUUCUGGAACUAGUCGAACUAAAGAAAAAUAUUCCCCGGCGGAGAAUAGAUAGUGCAGAAAAUAGGCUCCGGCAUUUGGCAUUCGAAAUCAGUGUUCAACAUUUUGGGCGGAAGUUUGAAAAUGUCGGAGGAAGCUAACAGCAUCGACGAAUUAGCGAAGGAACCUUGUUCUCCGGAACAAAAUGAGUCGGACUCACCAGACGAUGAUGAUCUUGAUGUGCCAGAUCCGGAAUGUAAGAAAAAAGAAGCGACUGAAGAAAGCCAAGUCGAGUGUACCGGGGAGGAAGAGGCCUCAUUGGAUGGCGAGGAAAAGAAUAUGAUAACAGAAAAUAGUCCAGAGGAAUGCCCUGCCGAUGGUCAAUCCAUAGAACUUCAUGCUAAAGAGGAAAAUGAUUGCGCUAACAAGGAUAAGAAAAACGACGAAUUGUAUGAUAAAUUAAGUAGCAGCAGUCCAGAGCCGGGUGAACUGCCGGAUGAUGAUGACCUAACUGGAGAAAACACCAAGAAUAUUAAAAAGGAAACCCGGAAUGGAAGUGAUACGGAAAACCAUUUCGAGGAAGUGAAACUUGUCAAGACACGCAAUACAUCAGAGGACGACAUACCGAAAAUCAAGAAAGAACAGAACGAUUCGGAACGGGUUAAACGGGAAGCCAACUCUGUGGAUGACAGCUGGGAAGAAGAAACCAAAAGUCCUAAUGUGAAACAAGAAAUUUAUUCCGAUUUGGAGGAUGAUAUUCCUCCAAAAACUCCCGAAUUAAAACCGCUCGAUAAAGAACCCGAACCGUCGAAGAAGCUAGCAAGUAUUUUUGAGAAAAAAAUAAAAAAGGAAGACGGCAGUUCCGAGGGAAUAUUGCAAGAAAAGCUGAAGCAGUACUUCGGUCACAAUGAUUUCAAGAGCGCAUUGCAGAAGGAAGCGAUACAAACUAUUAUAACAAGAACCCGAGAUGUGUACGUUUCGAUGCCAACCGGUUCCGGUAAAUCGCUGUGCUUCCAGUUGCCCGGCGUCAUGCAAGAUAACAAGGUUACCAUCGUCUUUUCGCCCCUGUUGGCCCUGAUCAAGGAUCAACUGGAUACGUUGGCCAAGCUUAAAAUCCCAGCCGAUUCUAUCAAUUCCAAAAUGAGCAACAAAGAUCGCGAUCGCGUCCUGAACGAUCUGAAAAGCAUCCGCACGGAUAUACGCUUCCUGUACAUCACACCUGAACAGGCCAACACAUCCACCUUUAAGGAGCUUAUGAAGAUGCUAGUCAAGAACAAGAAGGUCGCGUACGUCGUCGUCGACGAAGCACAUUGUGUCAGCGAUUGGGGUCACGACUUCCGGCCGGACUAUCUCAAACUUGGUCACUUGCGGUCCGAAUACCCUUCGAUUCCGUGGAUAGCACUAACCGCAACCGCUUCCAAGAAAGUUGUCGUAGAUAUAUUUAAAAAUCUACGUCUAAAAGAGCCCAUUGCAAAAUUUAAAACACCUUGUUUCCGGAAAAAUCUCUACUACGAUGUUGUGUUUAAAAACUCCAUACAGGAUGACUACAUCCAUCUGCGGGAUUACAUUGAAAGUAUUUUACAUAAAGACGAUGCGGAUGUCAAGCCGACUAAGAAAGCAUGCGGUAUCAUCUAUUGCAGAACGCGUGAGACAACCGAACGGGUUGCAAGCAGUUUAUCCAAACUAGGACUGAAGACUGCUGCUUACCACGCUGGGUUGAAACAAUCGGAGCGAGUUGCUGUGCAGGAGGACUGGAUGAAUGGAAAAUAUGCAGCAAUUUCCGCCACCAUAAGCUUUGGCAUGGGUGUAGAUAAAGGCUCGGUGCGUUUUGUCAUUCACUGGGACAUUCCCCAGAGUGUGGCAUCCUACUAUCAGGAAUCGGGUCGAGCAGGUCGCGAUGGAAAGAAAUCUUACUGCCGCGUGUAUCAUUGUCGGGAUCAGUGCAAGUCGAUCGACUUUCUCCUACAACAGGAUUUGCAGAAAGGCAAGGGCACUUCCAAGGAGGAUAAGGCCAAGCUAGCUGUGAAGAAUUUCGAAAAAAUCGUCCAAUAUUGCGAAGCAGCCUAUUGUCGACAUAGGCUCUUUUCAGACUUUUUUGGCGAUGAUCCACCGAACUGCAACAACAUGUGCGAUGUAUGCGCGAAUCCAAAAAAGGUAGAAAAAGCUAUCGAAACAUUUCAAAAGUUGUCAGUGUCUGGAAAGCUAAAAACGAUAAUCGGUUUCGAUGACGAUUGUUCCGAUUUAUACGAAGGCGGCCGCAAAGGCGCUGAAGAUGCUUACGAGGAAGUGGAAGGGAACGAUAGCGACUCCCUACGAGAUAAGCGUGCAAAAAGAGAGACGGAAUUACUGCUUCAAAAACAAUUCGCCCUGAGAAAAGCAUCUGCUGCAAAAGAAUUGGAUAUGCACAAAUCGGUCUCCAUUAGUCGAGUCAAAUUUGCCCUCCAGACCACGGUUAAGGUUAACGGACUAACGAUUUCUUCCCGAGAAAGCAAUCUCACCAUGUUGGCUGAUCUACUUAAGAAGAAUGUUGAAGCAUGCAAAGAGUCCGACCCACCAGAGCAUGAACUGGUUUAUAAGGACUUCGAGGAUAUAGCAGUAGAAAUGGAAUAUGAAUCAUUUACCAGCAACACUGUAGGCAGUCUCUACAGGAGGUCGAUUGUGAAACAUGUAAGUACGAUUUGCAAUGUUCGCUCUAACUGGUUUCUUUAGGGAUAUUAGGGUGAUUGUAAAUUGAACCAAAACUUAAGAUUUCAUCAAUUUUGGACCAUUGGAACUAUUUUAAAUAAAUGCGAGGACCCUUGGCACCAGUGGUACU